AUGCACAGCGGCGGCCGGCCCGCUGUCGUCCUGCCGCGCAUCGCGCCGCGCCCGUCUGCCGACCCCGACCUGCUCGAGGUGCUGGAGCUGGCCACGGACGAGGAGCUGGAGGACUUGUACCGCACCCUGCACGGACGCAGCCUCUUCUCCCCGCUGCUCAAGAGCCUGAUGGUCAUGGCGGAGUCUGAGGGCGGCGGCGAGGGCGCGGCGCCCAGCGGCCGCGACGCCCUCAUCCCCACCAUCGACCGCCGCCUGCGCUUCCUGGCCGCCGACUCGGCGUCCACGCUGCGCGGCCGCUGGCCCGCCUACCGCCAGGUGCUGCUCAUGAUCCGCGACAAGCUGGGCAUCGCCUGCUCCCCCACCCUGCUGACAAACGAGCUGGAGGCGGAGGUGUUCCUGCACCUGCUCAGCCAGCACGCAGACGCGGUGGGGGCGGCGGCCGCGCCGGGGGCGCCCCGCACCCAGGCCGCAGCCGAGUAUGCCAGCCAGGGGGACGGCGGCGCGGGGGCCGCGCCCCGCCAGGAGGCGCCCACCUUGGUCCAGCGCCUGCUGGCGCCGCUGCGGCUGGGGCAGGAGGAGGUGAUGCCGGCGGUGGCGCGGCUGGGCAGCGCGCUGGCGGUCAGCAACCUGCAGGUCGCGGUGGUGCAGAAGCUGGGCCUCAAGCUGGCCUGCUCCCACGUCCAGUACGAGGCAGCCCUGCACUUUGCGCUCAGCGCGGGCACCAAGGGCGUGCAGGGCAGCCUGCAGGGCAAGGUGGCGGUGCAGGCGGCCAAGGAGGGCAUCACGGCGGCCGCGGGGCGCUACGCCGCCGCCCGCUCCCUGCUGGGCGUGCUGGGCCCCAUUGUGUGGGCCAGCACCGCGCUGGAGCUGCUCUACGUGUCGGUGGGCACCGACUGGUCGCGCAUCGUCAAGGCCGUGUUUGCCCUGGCCCAGAUCAGGCUGCUCCGCACCUACGGGUUCAGCGCCGGCGGCGGCGCUGGCGGCAGCAUGGGCUGA